GAACUCUGGCACUUUAACAAAGUAGGCUUGAGACUCUAAGGAGACAAAGCUAAGUGUAAUGUAGUAUCCUGAGUGGGAUCCUGGGGCAGGGAAUGAUGUGGGUGAAAACUAAGGAAAUGUGAAUGAAACUAUGGUCUUGAGUUAAUGCAUUAGCAAUGGUGCAUUGAUUGUGUCAAAGGUGUCAAGCUAAGUAAUGUGUGCAGUGUGUGUAAAAUGAAUAUGUGGGGGGAGGCGGGGGCAGAGUACAUGGGAACCCUUUUCUGUCAGUCCAAAAUUGUCCCCUUAAAUAGGCUUGAGCUACCAUCCUUAAUUAUCUAUAUCUGCUGCCAGUCGUUAACCAAGAGUUGCUCAGAAUCCUUCUUUCUACUCCCUUGAGUACCUCCAGCCAGUAUCUUCCUAUUAGUCCUCCGACCUUGGCCCUUCCCAGGCCUCCCCCAUCCAACCUCCAGCACUCUAGGAUGUUCGGCUCAAUAUAGGGAGAACUUUGGGGCCUGGGGUGAAUGCUUGUCUGGGAGACAAUAGAAGUGAAGGAAGAAGAGGGAGAGGAGGUACUGGAAAGGAGAGGAGGUAAGAAAGAGGGAAUCAAUGGGCGAGGGGAGAGAGGGACAAGGAGAAAGGGCUUCCAGACUGAGCAGGGGUGUAGUUUCCUGCUGAUCUCACCAUGGCUGCCAGGGUAAUGUGAGUCGAGUCAGGCCAAAAAGAUGGGGAUGCUGGCUUGUAUUCUCUGACCUACUGGGGCUGUGCACAGGUGCAGGAGUCACAGCUUGAGGGUGGGCAUCCUAGAGGAUGGCAGAGCAGCUGCCGGCAGACCGGGACCCCUAGAUGCCAACUUCAGGAGCAACUCACAGGCUCUUUUAGAAACCCUCCCAUUGAGGAGCAUCUAUCAGCAAUAUAGGAUCCAUAUGCAUAAUACCAAACUCCGGACUCCACACUGAGAUUGAAAACAGAAUUUAACACCAGUGGCCAGAUUAUUAAAGGACUGAGUCACUAUUUUAAGGGGGAAUGGUAUGGGAUGAGAGCAUUUAAGGUUAGACAAUAUGGAGUGGUUAACAUAUAAAUAUGUACACAUCAUUAUUUUACAGUAGAGGGUGGAUAAAUUUCUCCUCGUGCCACAGAUCCCCUACAAGAGAGGAAGUAAAAUUUUAAUAGCACAAUAAGUGACAGUUAACUUUAAGAAAAAACUUUAUAGAUCAUGGAAUAGUCAUUAUAGGAAUUUCUGUAGAAGCCAUUAAAGGUUGAGUAUCUAACCAUUUUUUACAAAAUUAGAGCCAGGAUAUGAGCAAAAUAUUUCUAUGAAUUUAUAAUCACCUGUGAAAUUGCACUGGAAAUUUGCUUGGCAAGAGAGCCACAGCCAGAAAGCAGUGGAGGGAAUUUUUCCCUGUUGAGAGGGGAAAGGGGCUAAGGACAUUCCUUCCCCUCUAGGAACAUCAAACUGUGGUCCCGGGUUCAGUGGACAUACCUCUGUGGACAUUUGAAGAAGAUAGCUCUUGCCAUCUGCAGCUCUGCAAAUCUGUUAUUUCCCAAAAAAUGCAGGGCCGGGGAUUUAGCUCAGUGGUUUCCCUGCCUGCUGCGCAAGCACAAGGACCUGAGUUCGAUCCCUGGUACCAAAAAAAAAGUACUUUUCAAAAAAAUGCAACAUCCCACUUAUUUCUUGUCCCAAACGGUUAUAUUUCCUCUGGUGAUUUCUUGCCAGUGUAAUGUGUAUUUUAGAGCAGCUGACAUGGGCCUGAGGCCUUUUUCUUUACAGUGGAAUGAGUUUUACACUUUCUAUCAAGUUAAACCUCCCAUUGAGGCAGAAUUCUGUUUAUAAUCUUCUUUACAAAUAGCCAUUCAAAUCCUCUUUCUUUUAACUCCCAAAGAUGGGGAGCUAACUGUGCUGUGACACAGCCUCUCCCAUGACUGCAUAGUUGAACUUCCCUUAAUGGUUUGUUGUUGUUUUUGUAACUGAGUACUUAAUUCCUCUUCCAUAAGACUGUUUCAGAUUUUUGAAGACUGAUAUAUUUCCUUCAGUCUUCUUUUAUUCCAAACUAUAGUUCUUAGCUUCUUCGCACUAAUAUUUAGCCCCCCCCCCCCCAAGACUAGUCAACUUCCCCUGGGCGCAUUAAUCACUGACUUCCAUAAAGGACAGCCUCCGGGUAUGUGUGAACACAAUACACAGAAUAGAUCUGCCCUGAAGAAUCCUAACCUCCCUUAUCUGGACAGUUACCCUUCUAUUCAGUGAUAACACCAGGAUAAAACAUCUAAUCUGAUGCUAACUCUAAGCCUUAAAUAGAUUUGAAGUAAUGCUGUACAGGGGAUUGGUGAAAAAUGUUUAAAUCACAUAGAGGAAUCUUAAACAACUACUUUUGGAGGCUUUAGAUAAUUUCUAGACCUCAAAAAAGCCAAAAUGCAAGACCAAGAAUGUGGACUUGGGGCGCUGGCGCUGUCAUCUGAAGGGUCACUAGGUGUCUCUGAGGUACCCUCUCCGUCCCAAGCCCUAGAUCCUUGUUCUGCUUACAUCAGCUUGAAUGAGCCCUGGAGGAACACUGACCACCAAUUUGAUGAGUCUCAAGGUACGCCUCUGUGUGAUAACCAUGUGGAUGGGGAGUGGUACCGCUUCACGGGCAUGGCGGGGGACGCCAUGCCCACCUUCUGCAUACCAGAAAACCACUGUGGAACCCAUGCACCCAUCUGGCUCAAUGGCAGCCAACCCCUAGAAGGCGAUGGCAUUGUGCAGCGCCAGGCCUGUGCCAGCUUCAAGGGGAACUGCUGCCUGUGGAACACCACGGUGGAGGUCAAGGCUUGCCCGGGAGGCUACUACGUGUAUAGUCUGACCAAGCCCAGCGUCUGCUUCCAUGUCUACUGCGGCCAUUUUUAUGACAUCUGCGAUGAGGACUGCCACAGUGGCUGCUUGCACACCAGCCAGUGCACGUGCUCUCCAGGAACUGUGCUGGGCCCUGAUGGGCAGACGUGCUUUGAUGAAAAUGAAUGUGAGCAAAACAACGGUGGCUGCAGUGAGCUCUGCAUAAACCUGAAAAACUCCUAUCGCUGUGAGUGUGGGGUCGGCCGUGUGCUGAGAAGCGAUGGCAAGACUUGUGAAGACAUCGAAGGAUGCCACAAUAGCAAUGGUGGCUGCAGCCACUCUUGCCUUGGGUCGGAGAAGGGCUACCAGUGUGAGUGUCCCCGGGGUUUGGUGCUAGCUGAUGACAACCACACUUGCCAAGUCCCUGUGGUGUGCAAGUCGAACGCCAUUGAAGUGAGUGUCCCCAGGGAGCUGGUUGGUGGCCUAGAGCUCUUCCUGACCAACACCUCUUGCCGAGGAGUGUCCAAUGGCACCCACGUCAACCUCCUCUUCUCCCUCAAGACAUGUGGCACCGUGGUCGAUGUGGUGAAUGACAAGAUCGUGGCCAGCAACCUCGUGACAGGUCUCCCCAAGCAGACCCCGGGGAGCAGCGGGGACAUCAUCAUCCGGACCAGCGAGCUGCUGAUCCCGGUGACCUGUGAGUUCCCGCGCCUGUACACCAUCUCAGAAGGCUACGUACCCAGCCUCCGGAACUCCCCGCUGGAAAUCAUGAGCCGCAAUCACGGCGUCUUCCCCUUCACGCUGGAGAUCUUCAAGGACGACGAGUUCGAGGAGCCCUACCGGGAAGCACUGCCCAGCCUCAAGCUCCGCGACUCCCUUUACUUCGGCAUCGAGCCCCUGGUGCACGUGAGCGGCCUGGAAAGCCUGGUGGAGAGCUGCUUCGCCACCCCCACCUCCAAGAUCGACGAGAUCCUGAAGUACUACCUCAUCCGGGACGGCUGCGUUUCAGAUGACUCAGUGAAGCAGUACUCAUCUCGGGAUCACCUAGCAAAGCACUUCCAGGUUCCUGUCUUCAAGUUUGUAGGCAAAGACCACAAGGAGGUUUUUCUGCACUGCCGCGUUCUUGUCUGUGGAAUGCUGGACACGAGUUCCCGCUGCGCCCAGGGUUGUCACCGGCGAGUGCGUCGUGCGGCCGGAGAAGGAGAGGACACUGCUGGUCUGCAGAGCCAGAUACUGACGGGUGGCCCAAUCAGCAUCAACUGGGAACACUAGCUCCCCACACACUUCAGUCUGCUGUCCUCUCUGGAACUUCUGCCAUACCCUCUAAGGACACCUCAGAGGACCUCCUGGACACCUGGCUUCUUUAGGCCAUGUACUUCGAGUUUAGACAAACUCCCAGAACCCCUCACUGCUCCUGGUCCACAGGCUGGUACAAGUCACAGCACAGGUCACAGCUGUGCUGUCCGAUGUGGUCUGAGUGCGCCUUCAGCUUCCUAAUGUGGAAAACUAAGCUGUCCACAGAGGAAGCUUGCCCUACCUCCUCAGUCCUUUCCUACAACUAAACACCUUGUGUAUGAUGCAGUAGGACCACCCAAAUCAGAAACUGGUUAUAAUAUUAUAAUAUCUCAAAAAAUAAAUACUUACUAAAAUUAUAACUUAACUACUUAAUGAUCCCUAGAUAUGUAAAUAAUAAUCAUGCCUUAAAAUUUUAAUUCAAACACAGAAUAGUUAUAGGGGAUUUGGAAGUUUAUCAAUUAAACAAUGUAUAAUAAGGAAAUGUCUUUUGAUUUUUUUCUCUUGCAUAAUAUUUUUGGAUGUUUUUAUUGCCUUAGGUGAAAUAUUUUCACUUAAUAAAUAUUAAUAAAUUAA